AUGGAGAUAGGCUUAGCCAUUGCGGGUGUUUUACCACUCGCUCAAGAAUUGCACAAGAUGGGUAAGAAGUACUACAAGUCUUUUCGCAGAGCACCCGCUGAGGCGCGGCGCUUUGGCAGCCUAGUCGAGGAUGUCUCCGACACGCUGGCUUUGUUCUGCAAGACUGCCAGCGAAAUGAAAGAAAGGAACAUUCCACUGGCAAAGGACAAGAAGGCGACAAGAGCGGUCAGAAGGCUGAGGAAGAUGCUGAAGGCGAGUAUCCAGGAAAUCCGAAGCACAUUCGAAAUAUUGAGUGUCGUCGGGAAUCACGAGUAUCCAUGGAUUGAGCGAAGUCUGGCACGCUUUAGAUGGGUAACUGGAGACGAGCGAGAUGCAAGGUUGCUGAUUGUCAAUCUCAACACCACGAAGUUGGAUAUUACUGUACUCUUGACAGUUUUCAGUGUCAACAUCCAGCUAAAGAUUGCCAAAGAGUUGGAAGAACGGAAGGAACCAAUGCCGGAAUAUCUGAUUCAGGAGCUCAUGCUAUUGAAGCAACGGUCCAAAAUCCUCAAACGUAGAUACAAAGAGGUGGUCAAGGAGCGAGACGCGUUAGUAGCAGCCAGAGCCCCAAUCGCAAGCAAUCGAACCCAUUUCAUGUCUUUGAGCCAGUCUUUUGGACAGGAAGUCCAUGAAUUCGCUCAGGAGCAUAUGCCUGCCGCUGAGGUGAUUUUAGAAGGGAUCGUACGAGAUCAUGAAUUUGCCUCUUCAACUGAAACGACAGCAGAAAGCUCAAAUUCAGGUAAUAUUCCCCCGAGGCAAAGGGAGGCAAGGUCUUAUGGCAGCAUAUUCAGUGACGUUACCCUUGCAGGCGCGAUAAGAGACCAAGAAGAGUAUGGACCCGAUAGCGCUUCUUCUGUGAGCUUUCUCUCCACGAGGGCCGUUCUAGGAGUGACAGAGUGGCGAAAUCCGCUACGUUCGGGCGGUCCACGGUCCGAAUGA